AUGUUAAUUAGAAAAUAGUUACUUAAGUAAAUAAAAGAUCAAGAAGUUGUCGAUUAUAAUCCCUCACACAGGAUUAGUUAAACUUUGUAAUAUAAGAAUAGUGAAUCAAUACAAGAAGAAGAAGAACACUCUUCUUUGUCAUAGAUUUGUUAUUUAAAGCCCGCCUUUGUAUAGACUUGUCCUUAGCAACCAAUAGACAUAUAAAGUAGUGAAGAUUAUAAGGUUCCAACUAUUACAUAUAUUGCAUCUCAUAAGAGUUCUGAUUAGUGGCAUUAAAAUAGGGAUUCAAAGAAAUUAAUCUUGAUUUCAAAUGAUAGCUCAUUAAUAUCUUCAUCAUCUCUUUUUUAAUCUCGAUUACUUUCUGAUCAUCAUAAGAAACUUAUCUUAGAUUAAGGGAGAGUUAAGAUCAUAAUAAAUUAGAUAAAAUAAAAGUUAUUGAAUUCUAUACAUUAUUCAAAAUAUAAUGAUCCACUUGUAACAUAAGAAUAAAACGAUAGUAUAAUAUCGUAUAUCAUUAUUAGUUUCUCCGUUGAGAUAUUACUAUUUUACCAUGUAUAUAUUUUUAUCUGUUAUAAUUUCUAAUUUACUGACUGUCAUAUUUAUACCACUGACAAUACUUUUUGAAGGACCAAAAAUGAUUUACUAAGUGGUUUUUGGAAUUAAGUUGUUAACACUUUUACAAGAUCUAUAUUUUUAAAGAGGACCAUACAAAUUGAUUAGAGGGAAAUUAAUCUCUAAUUUUAAGAAUUAGAAUAAAAUCUAUUUAGAUUCAUUAAGAAUGAUGAAUAGUGUGGCAAUAAUAUUUUUUUAAUUUGAUAAUUAAGUAACUUUGAUAAUGUUGAUUUGUAUACUGAUCGUAUUAGAUUUGAUUAGAACUUGUGAGCAUUUUGAGAAUAUCUAUAAAUCUACUCAUUAUAUAAUAUAGAUAGUGUAAUUGUGGAUAUCGAUAAUUGUUUUAUGUACAUGCUUUUUAAAAAGUAUAUAUAUAAGUAUAAUAAGAGUGUUUAAUGGUGAAGAAUACACUUUAGGAUAUUAUAUAGCCUAUUCAAUAUCAUUGAUAACAUAAAAUUCAAAUAUUUGUAAGAAGUAAUAAAUAAUUUGAGCUAUGGAGAUGACAGAAUAGAAUUCUUUAAUUAUAUCAGUAUUUAUGUUAAUAUCAUACUUUUGUUAUGUAUUUACAUUUAUAAUCUUAUUGAUUUGGAUUAAACCAGAAAUAGAGAUUUAAGAAGAGAAACAAAAGUUAUUGAAAGGUUUUGUGGAAUAAUUUAAAGAGAAAUGUAAAGACUAAGAUUUGUUAAGAAGAUGUUAUUCUUAUUUAGAAUUUAGGAUUGAUGUAAAAAUAGAGGUUAUUAAUAAAAAUAGGAAGAUUUAGGUAGAGCAAAAGAUUAGUUAACUAAAAAGUUGAGUCCUGGAUUAUAAGAUGAGAUUGAUUUAUCAUUAAGAACAAGAAUGAUUGAUAAAAUAGAUUUGAUGAAUAAAUUCUCACCUUAAUUCAAAUAACAAUUAUUAUAUGCAAUAGAAUAGGUGACUUUCAAUCCAGAAGAUAAUAUAAUUAUAGUAAGUGAUUGCUUAUAUUAUUAGGAACAUUAAAUAGAAGAUUUAGGUUUGUAUUACAUACUAAAAGGAGAAGUCAAGGUUUAAUUUUAAGGAUCAUCUCUUGCAAACAAUAAAAGAUCAGUUACUCGUUUAUAGGAAGGUUAAGCUUUCGGAUAAUAUUCAUUUAUUUCUGGAGUACCUUCCAAUAUUAGUAUAUAUAGUUGUGGAGUAACUACAUUAAUGAAAUUGAAAAGAUCAGAAUUCUUAGAAAUUAUAUCAAAUUAUCCAUAAGAUAAUGAAAUAUUUUGUAUGAUGAAAGAUAAUUCAUGCUAUAAUUAACAUUUGUUUGAUUGUUACUAUUGUAAAAUCAAGGGUCAUUAUAUUCUUGAAUGUCAACAUAUUUAAUAUUUUCCAUAAAGAUAAAAUGUUAUUGAAAAACAUUUAUACAGUUUAAAAUAAGUUAGAGCAAUUUAUAAAAGAAAGAAUAAGAAAUUUUUAACAAUGAAAAAUCUUUUAUAAAAUUAAGACAAAGCUAAAUUAGUAAUUAAUAAGUAAAGUUAAGAUAUUCUUUCAGAAGAUCUUCCUGAAGCAUCUUAAUUACCUUACUCUGAAAGUAAUUAUCUUAUCUAUAUAAAUUAGAUUAAACAUAUUCUGUAAGUUAUGUAAGUAAUUCAAUGCCAUUUUAAAAGGCAAGUUAAGAUCAAUACGUUUCAAAUAGUAAUGUAAAUGUUGAUAGUUUGGAAUAAUUGAAUUAUGAAUAAGAAUAAUAGGAAGAAUAGAAUCCUCCUGUUUAAGAGUAAUCAAUUAGAAGGGGACGUUAGAAUUCAAAUAAAACAUCACAUAGAACAGCUGGUUUUGUUGGAAAUCCUUAGAGUUAAAAUUAUUCAACAUUAGAUAAGGAUGAAAAAGAGAUUUUAUUCUAAUUAUAGGAAAAGAAUGAAUUGGUAAAUUAAAAAUAAUUAUAUUUACCAACAACUAAUAGAAGUAGUCCUAAUAAAUUGACUUUUCAAUUUUAAAAAGAAAUUUCUUCUUAGACAGGAAACAAAUAAGACAUUAUUAAAUAAGAUUAUAUUUAAUAAUAGUUUUAAUAUGGAAAUUUGAAAUAAUCUUAAAGAUAACCAACAUCUAGAUCACAUACAUAUACUAAUUCUUAUUCUAAAGAUAUAUCUAAUUAUCCAUCUUCUAAUUCUAGAUAAAAUAAAUCAUUAAGAUUAUCAAGUCAAAUGAAAGAUAAUGGAAAAAAGUCUAAUAGUGCAAAUACUUAAUCUGAUGAAAAUAAAAAUAAAUAAAGGAGCCAAAGAACCGGAACUAAGUAGAGUAACUUAAUCUAGUAAUCCUAAUUCUAAGCUAUUACUUCUCCUGAUGUAAUUUUACAUGACAUUUUAGAAUCAAGCCUAUUUUAUUAACGAUAUCAUUUUCAAUAAAUUUGAAAAAAUGAAAAUCUAUACGAUCUACUAUCCACAUAACAACUAUGAUCUUGUUAUAUUGAGAUAAUAACGUUUUUCAAUAGCUGCCCAUAAUAAACAGAAAAGACGUCUCACUUCCCCUUAUUCUAUUAAAUGUUUUGUAAUCACUAAAAUUCGUAAAGUAUUAAAGUUAAUCAAGUAAUGA